CAGAAUCGGGUGGAGUUGACCGAGGUGUGGGUGCAGAGGCGUCAUGUGCACGUAUAAUCAGUGUGGUGGUGCAGCCGCCGGGCGGACUGGGCUUAGGGAGCGUCUUUAAACACAUGUGCUAAGGAAGAAACGUGGAAGUGCGCACUCGGGGAACCUUUCCCAUCCCAGACAGCAAUCUGAACCACACAUCCUGCCAGCCGAUCCAGGAGGAGGUGUUUAUUCAUAAAAGCGUGUGCUGGCACCCUAAAUUAAUGCAGGAGCAUGUCUGCAGCAGAGAGGAACCAUGCCCAGCGAGUCCUGUCCUCCCUGAACCAGCAGAGGGCGCUGGGGAGCUUUUGUGAUGCAGCCCUGAGCGUGGGCGACGGGAUGCUCCACCUGGCCCAUCACAACAUCCUGGCCUGCUUCAGCGACGUCUUCAAGCAGCCGCAGGCCGCCGCCGCCCCGUGCACCGAGUUCUGCCUGCAGGCGUGUCCCGGCGACGGCCUGGAGCUGCUGCUGAACUUCGUCUACACCGGGGAGCUGAGGCUGGACCCGGACAACCUGGAAAAGGUGCAGCAAGCCGCCACCAGCCUGGGGGUCCCGGAGGCCCUCGCCCUCUGCCACGACUUCAGGACGGCUCCUGGGAACCCCGGGCCCUCCAGGGGGAAGAGAGGCCGCUCUAGAAGGGGGGCGUCAGAGGGGAAGGCUGUUAAACAGGAGAGCUGUUUCACAGCCAGAGCCCUAGCAGACGUGUGCAGCUCUGAUGCAGCCACCACCACCACCACACGGUCGGGGCGGGUAGUGAAGGGCCCCAAGCGGCUGGUGACGGCCGACACGAGCCCGGACUCUCUGGUGCUCGCCGGUGCCGGGGUGGAGAAAGAAACCGCUGCUGAAGGAAAUGCAAACCCUGAUUAUCUGGCUGUGGAGACCAAGGUAACAGAGCAGCAGACCGUUGACGGGCAGAUCACAGCAGAAACAGCAGCAGAGCUGGAACAGGAAGACGGUGACGAUGGAGACGACUGUGAGGGCGUUGAAGACACGGAUGAGGAGUACGUGCCUCCUGCAGAGGCCGCCUCCUCCUCCUCGCCCUCGGCCCACAAUCACAAAGCCCAGAGUAAAACAAGCAAAAGCAGCAGUAACGACACCACGGAGGACGACUCCGGCAAGGACCUUGUGCGGUGUCCGCUCUGCCAAAAAUGCUUCAAGAGCAAAUACUAUCUCAAAGUCCAUAACAGGCGGCACACCGGGGAGAGGCCCUUCGCCUGCCUGAAAUGUGGAAAGAGGUAUUUCAGGAAGGAGAAUCUCUUCAUCCACGAGACCCGGGACUGUGCUAGAGUUCAGACGUACGGCUGCUCCACAUGUUCCUCCAGCUUCAACACCAAAGAAGAGCUGCGCUCGCAUGUGGUCUCCCACACCGGAGAGAUGCCCCACAAGUGUGCCACGUGUAAUGAACAGUUUAUGUACAAGAAGAACUUGACCGUGCACAUGAUGAAGGUCCAUGGCCAUCCUAAACCCCACGCAUGUCCGCAGUGUCCAAAAACCUUCCUGACCCGGACUGAGCUGCGCGUGCACGAGGCAGCCAAACACCGGGGCGAGAAGCCCUUCGUCUGCGAGGAGUGCGGCCAUCGAGCGUCCAGUCGGAACGGCCUGCAGAUGCACAUCAAGGCCAUUCACAGAAACGAGCGGCCCUUCAUCUGCACCAUCUGUGGCCACGCCUUCUCCCAAAAGAACAACCUCAACAUGCACCUACGGGUGCACAGCGGCGAGAGACCCUACCAGUGUCACCUCUGUGGGAAAACCUUCAGGACACAAGCCAGCCUGGACAAGCACCACCGCACACACACCGGCGAGCGGCCCUUCGGCUGCGACGUCUGCCAGCAGCGCUUCACGGAGAAAGGAGCGCUGCUCCGCCACAAGGCCAGCAAGCACGAGGAGGGCCGGCCGCACCCCUGCAGCAUCUGCAACAAGACCUUCAAAGCCAGGGAGCAGCUGCGCGUCCACCUGCGGCGCCACAAAGGGAUGAGGAACUUCGAGUGUCUGGACUGCGGCUACAAGUUCACUCGCCAGGCUCACCUGCGGAGACACAUUCAGAUCCACAAACGCACGGAGAACUACAACCCGCGGCAGAGGAAGCUGAGGAACGUCAUCGUGCAGGUGGUGGAAGGAAGCCCCGGCCACGGCCACGGCGGAGCCACCGAGCCGAUGGAGGCCCAGCUGCUCGCCGACCCCGGGAUCCUGCAGCCGGACCCGUCCUCACGCCUGGCCCCCGGCUCCGUGGUCAGCAUCGUGUUGGAGGAGGUGGGGAGCAGCCAGGACACGCCCCCCGCCCACACCGGGGACACGGGGUUCUCCGGGCCGGCGGUGGCCGCCGUGCUGCAGCCGGCUCAGCUGGUCAGCCAGGCCUUCAGGUCCACCCUGGACAUGGACGGGAUCGUCCAGGAGUUGUCCCAGAGCAAGACUUGAGCACUGAGCUCUAAUGAACUCCUUCAUGACUCUUUAUCUACACAUGAUGUUGACAUGAUACUUUGAGACAGACUGUCCAUGUUUUAAUCAGCUGUAGAUGAGGUAUAAAUGAGAUGACAGAGAACGACUGCUGAGGCAAACAGCCGGAGUAGUGGGACAACGAACUGCUUUACACCACACAAACAGUGUUUCUCACUUAUCAACAAAGAUUUUUGUCAAUAUGACGACGAAUGACGUGUCAUCUGUCUGAAAGCAGGAAAGAAGUAGUUGAACAUUUACAGCCUCUGUUCAGUCCAGCAGGGAAGUCUUGUUGCAUUGAGGUUCUUGGAGACGGCAGGACGUUGUGUUGAAACGGAGCCACGGCCAUGACACAAAUAUGUGAUUGUUCUAAAGAAAAUACAUACAUAAAACAGUACAGUUUAAGAUUAAGAUUCCCAGAAUAUUCUAAUUUUUUUAGAUAGGAUGAGAUAGUUUUCUUAAGCUGUAAGCCAUGAUCAGCAAUAUUAAAAUAAUAAAAGGCUUGCAAUAUUUCAGUUGAUUCGUAAUGAAUACAGAAUGUAUGACAUUUUUGUUUUUGUAAUUGCAUUACAGAAAAUAAAGAACU